GUAGUAUGUUACUAUAACUAUACUACAACCAAUGCAGAGACGAAGGAACAAGAAGGAACAAGAAGGAAAACACAUGAAAUGGUGUUCGUGUCGGACGACAUUCAACACGAUGCACAUUUUGUAGAGGCGUGCUUGACGGAAACUCUUAAACACCUAGAGGAAACUGUACUCAUAAGGAAAAUUGUACAAUUUACUGAUGGUUGUUCAUCACAGUACAAGUCAAAAAUUCCUUUUUUGGAUAUAAGUGCCAGAAAUGGGAUGGACAGAAAUUUUUUCGGGUCAGGCCAUGGCAAAGGACCAGCUGAUGCAGUUUCUGGUGUGGUUAAAUCAGCCGUGACACGUGCAGUCAAAGGUGGGCAAUUUAUAACAAAUGCCAAACAGUUAAAAGAAUUUGGAGACCAAAAGCUUGCACGAGACCAACCAAAGCUCAAAAGAACAUUCCAUUUACUGGACAACAUCAAGAGAGAUAGGAAUAGAGAGGGAAAGACGGUUAAAGGUACCAGAAAAUUACAUUCAGUGCGGGGUAUAUCCUAUGGCAAAAUUGGUACCAGAGCACUGACAUGCACAUGUGUCAAUUGCCUUGGGCUAGAUGGACAGUUCACAUGUCCAUCAUCAAGUUAUGUGUCCGAUUGGGUGGUGGAAGAUGUAUGUGUUGUUGCAAGAACAAAAAGACAGAAAUCUACGAAAAACACAAAAGAACAGGGGAAUGAAAAGGAGAAUGAGGCACCAGCAACAAAGAGACAGAAACCAGCGAGGGGAAUCGGUAGGCAAAGUACGAGAGGUAGGUCUGAAUGUGAAUCCAAUAAUAAUGUAGAACCCUACAUGAUUUUGAG